AUGGCGAGGAGAGUCCGCUUCCACUACACCCCCACCUCCUCUACCCCCACCCCCACCCUCACCCUCACUCCUGCCCUCAACGUCCAGCAGGGAGGCGAGGAAAGGCGGUACCAUGACGGAGAGGUGAGGGUUCUCAUACCGGCUCCAUUUUACCGGGAACACAACCCCCCGAGACGGCACUGCCACGACAUCGGCUUCCCUGAUGAUGAUGAUGAUGAGGAUGAGGAAGAGGAGGGAUGCAGCAACACAUGGAGUCCAGGGCCGGAGGAGGAAGAGGAGGAGGAGGAAGGGGAGGAGGAAGGUGCAGGAGGAGCCGUAGACCCAGUGGAUCUGGUGUCUGAAGAGGAAGAGCAGCAGCCAUAUCCAGCCCUCGCCCCCGUAGUCUUCUUCUGCGUCAAACAGACGACACGUCCUCGCAGCUGGUGUCUACGCACGGUCUGUAACCCGUGGUUCGAGCACGUGUCCAUGAUGGUGAUCCUCCUGAACUGUGUGACUUUGGGGUUGUACCAACCCUGUGAAGACGUCACCUGUCAGGCAGAGUGGUGCCUCGUGCUACAGGUGUUUGAUGACUGUAUCUUUGCGUUUUUCGCGGUGGAGAUGGUCGUUAAGAUGGUGGCUCUGGGGAUCUUCGGUUCUAAGUGUUACCUUGGCGACACCUGGAACCGACUGGACUUCUUCAUCGUCAUGGCAGGGAUGAUGGAGUAUUCUCUAGACGGACACAACGCUAGUCUGUCAGCUAUCAGAACCGUGCGAGUGCUUCGGCCGCUGCGGGCUAUCAACAGAGUCCCUAGUAUGCGUAUCUUGGUAACUCUGCUCCUAGACACUCUCCCCAUGCUGGGUAACGUCCUGCUCCUCUGUUUCUUCGUCUUCUUCAUCUUCGGCAUCGUCGGCGUGCAGCUGUGGGCGGGGCUACUGAGAAACAGGUGCUUCAUGGGAGAAGACUUCAGAACGCUCUAUAACCUGUCGUUAAGUGUGUACUACCAGCCGGAGGAGGGAGAGGAGGACCCCUUCAUCUGCUCAGCAAUUCGGGAGAACGGAAUGUUGCGUUGCCAUGACGUCCCGCCCUACAGCGAGGGAGGGGCUGAGUGCUCACUGCCCGCGCCCUCUCUCGGCGGGGAGGGCGGGGCCAGAGACGGCUGUGUGAACUGGAACCAGUACUAUAACGUCUGUCGGCCCGGCAACGUCAACCCUCACAAAGGAGCGGUGAACUUUGACAACAUAGCCUACGCCUGGAUAGCCAUCUUCCAGGUGAUAACUCUGGAAGGCUGGGUGGACAUCAUGUACUACGUUAUGGAUGCCCACUCCUUCUACAAUUUUAUAUAUUUUAUACUGCUCAUCAUAGUGGGCUCUUUCUUCAUGAUCAACCUGUGCCUGGUAGUCAUAGCGACCCAGUUUGCGGAGACGAAGCAGCGCGAGAACGCGUUGAUGCGUGAGCAGCGAGCUCGUUACAUGUCCAACGACAGCACUCUGGCCAGCUACAGAGAACCGGGAUCCUGCUAUGAGGAGAUGCUGAGAUAUGUUUCGCACCUCUACCGCAAACUGACCCGACGAGUACAACGUCUGUACACUACCUGGCACAGUAAACGUCGUAAGAAGGUAAACCCUGACGGAGGAGGAAGCGGUCCGGGGAUCGCUCGCAGAGCGUCCGGAAACGUCCCCUGGCUCCGCCCCGUACACAACCUUCUGCAGCAUCACCAGCGUCACCACUGUCGGCAUAGCAACGGAGGACACACGCCCGUAGCAACAGGUGGGGAGGAGCUGGAGAUGAGGUCACUUCCUGUCCCGGGUCGUGACCCCUCUGUGACCCCUGGGCUGGGGUCGUCUCUCCAGGGUCGUCUGAACGGAGGGAUGAAGCUACCCCACCAUCCUGCCCUCCUUCGUCUGCAGCUACCCCCCGCUCCACCCCACACACCCCCACAAGACCCUCCCCACAAACCCCCCACAACCCCCACAACGCCUCCCCACAAACCCCCCACAACCCCCUCCCCACACACCCCCACAGCCCUCUCCCCACACACCCCCCACAGCACCCUCUCCACACAAGCCCCCCAACACACUCCCCACACACCCCCACAGCACCCUCUCCACACAAGCCCCCAACCCCCUCCCUACACACCCCCACAGCCUCCUCCCCACACAGCCCUCGCCUCUCUCAGAAAUCAGCCCGGACCCCCCUCAGCAAGCUACACCAACUCAUGGGACAGCACAGCCGCCCUCGGCUGCUGUACCAGCUGGCUGGCGUGGUGCCCUCCCCGACUCCUCCUGGGAGCUGGUGAGCUGUCCGCUGGUAGCCGCAGCCCAGAGGGCCUGGAGCCGGGACCUGAGCGACCUGGAGUGGUUCUAGGGGGAGAGGCCCACACCCUGCACGCACUCCCCCCAGGGAGGGGAGGGGUCGUAUAUGCCAUGGGAGGCUGGCAGGCGCAAGGUGGGCUGGGCUCGGUGGAGUUGACUGACAUCUUGGAGAUCAGUAACAUCGUGUUCACCUGCAUGUUCCUCCUGGAGAUGGUGUUCAAGCUGCUGGCCUUCCGAGCCUCUUCGAGCUACAUCCAAGAACCCUACAACAUCUUCGACGGCAUCCAUCGUCAUCAUGUGUCCCGGAGAUCAUUGGACAGGCGGACGGCGGUUUGUCCGUGGCGGACGUUCCGUCUGCUUCGUGUCCAGCUCGUCAGGUUCCUUCCUGCCCUACGCAGACAGCUGGUGGUUCUGAUGAAGACUAUGGACAACGUGGCCACCUUCUGCACACUACUGAUGCUCUUCAUCUUCACCUUCAGUAUCCUCGGCAUGCACCUGUUUGGAUGUAAAUUCAACCUGCAGAUGGAGAAUGGAGACACCAUCCCAGACCGCAAGAACUUUGACUCCUUACUCUGGGCCAUCGUUACUGUGUUCCAGAUCCUGACUCAGGAGGACUGGAAUGUGGUCCUGUAUAACGGCAUGGCCUCCACCUCUCCCCUCUCGCUGCUCUCUACUUUGUUUAUAGGGUUCUUACAAGGGGAUGCCAACCGGGCGGACUCUGACGACGACAAGAGGUCUGAUGACGAUGGGGAGGAAGAGGAGAAGAAGAAGGCUGGAGAGCUGAAAGACACAGCUGAAGAUGUAUUCUCUGAUGAUGACGCCAACGGUCACGCGGAACGCGACACUCUGGCCCCUCCCAUAACGAUCACGCGCACGCGCGCGCCCAGGAGCUCAUUGGGCCCCCGAUCCGUCCCGGGAGACGGGCUGGUGUGCGGAGAUGUGUGUUCAGGGAUGGACUGCGGGGUUCUCGUCGCCGCGGCAGCACUGCUGCUUCCCCCCGGCCAGCACUCUCGCCCUCCCCUCCUAGAGGUCAGAGUUCAGUCAGUAGGUGGGGCAGCAGAAGGUCAAGUUGGAACAGCCUCAAACACACCCCCAGCCUCAACCGCGCCCCCAGCCUCAACCGCGCCCCCAGCCUCAACCGCGCCCCCAGCCUCAAACGAGCAAAACCAGCGGCGAGAGGGAGAGUCUCCUCUCAGGGGUGGGAGGAGGAGGGGAGGAGGAGGAAGGGUCCUUAGAGCUGCUGCAGGUGUCCUCUCUGGGCCCGUCGGUAACAGGGGAGUCCGGGGGACUGUAACGGGAGGAAGUCUUCAUCACAUGACCUACGACCCCAACAAGGACAACCUUUCGCCUGACGAUGACAUGGAGGAGGACAACCUGUGGUUCCGGGUCAGGAGAACGCUGGAGCGACACAAGCCACGCUGGUGUAGAGAACAUAAAGACUGGAACCUUUACCUGUUCUCCCCUCAGAACUCGUUCCGUGUGUGGGCUAAGGGGAUGAUCUCUCAUAAGAUGUUUGAUCACGUGGUCCUGAUCUUCAUCUUCCUCAACUGCAUCACCAUCGCUCUGGAGAGACCCGGCAUACAGCCGCACAGCACCGAGCGAGUGUUUCUGACUGUCUCCAACUACGUGUUCACUGUCAUCUUCCUGGCUGAGAUGACUGUCAAGAUCGUAGCGUUGGGGUUCUGCUGGGGUAAACAGAGCUACCUGAAGAGCAGCUGGAAUGUUCUGGAUGGGAUCCUGGUGUUUGUCUCUAUGGUGGACAUCCUGGUGUCUCUGGCCUUGACCGGAGGGAACCGCAUCCUGGGAAUCCUCAGAGUACUACGACUGCUACGCACACUACGACCUCUCAGGGUGAUCAGUCGAGCCCCAGGGCUGAAGCUGGUCGUAGAGACUCUGAUCACGUCUCUGAGACCCAUCGGAAAUAUCGUCCUCAUCUGCUGCGCUUUCUUCACCGUGUUUGGAAUACUGGGAGUACAGCUGUUCAAGGGUAAAUUCUACCUCUGCGAAGGCCUGGACACCAGGAACAUCACCACCAAGUCAGACUGUCUGCUGGCCAACUACCGCUGGACACGGAGAAAAUACAACUCCGACAACCUGGGACAGGCGCUGAUGUCUCUGUUCGUGCUGUCCUGUAAGGAUGGAUGGGUCAACAUCAUGUAUGAUGGCCUGGAUGCAGUGGGAGUAGACAAGCAGCCGGUGAGGAACCAUAACCCGUGGAUGCUCCUCUACUUCAUCUCCUUCCUCCUCAUCGUCAGUUUCUUCGUCCUCAACAUGUUCGUGGGUGUGGUCGUGGAGAACUUCCACAAGUGUCGACAGGACCAGGAAGAGGAGGAGCAGCGUCUACGGGAAGAGAAGAGGCUCAGAAUCCUGGAGAAAAAGCGCAGGAGUAAGGAGAAGGAUGGGUCCGAGGCCCAACAGAGACCUUACUAUGCAGACUACUCCCCGGUUCGUCUCACCAUCCACACGUUGUGCACCAGCCACUACCUGGACCUCUUCAUCACCGUCAUCAUCGGCAUCAACGUCGUCACCAUGAGCAUGGAGCAUUACAACCAGCCACAGUAUCUGGAGGAAGCUCUGAAGUACUGUAACUACUUGUUUACCUGUAUCUUCAUCAUCGAGACCCUGCUGAAACUAGUGGCCUUCGGACUGCACAGGUUUUUCAAGGACAGGUGGAACCAGCUGGACCUGGCCAUAGUGCUGCUGUCCAUCAUGGGCAUCACUCUGGAGGAGCUGAAAAUGAACGCAUCAUUACCCAUCAACCCCACCAUCAUCAGGAUCAUGAGAGUCCUGAGGAUCGCUCGAGUGUUGAAGCUGUUGAAGCUGGCUACAGGGAUGAGAGCUCUACUGGACACGGUCAUGCAGGCCUUGCCGCAGGUGGGGAAUCUGGGUCUCCUCUUCAUGUUGCUGUUCUUCAUCUACGCAGCGCUGGGAGUAGAGCUGUUUGGGAAACUGGAGUGUAAGGACAGUAAUCCGUGCGAGGGUCUGAGUCGCCACGCUACCUUUGAGAACUUUGGGAUGGCUUUCCUCACGCUGUUCAGAGUUUCUACUGGGGACAACUGGAACGGAAUCAUGAAGGACACGCUGCGUGAGUGUCUCCCAGAGGAGCGCUCCUGUCUGACCUACCUUCCCCUGAUGUCUCCAGUGUACUUCGUGACCUUCGUCCUCAUGGCCCAGUUCGUGCUGGUGAACGUGGUGGUGGCGGUGCUGAUGAAACACCUGGAGGAGAGCAACAAGGAGGCCAAGGAGGACGCCGAGAUGGACGCCGAGAUCGCGCUGGAGAUGGAGAGGCUAGACGUCUUAGCUCCGCCUCAACGCGGGGCCACGCGCCCACACUCACCUGGUCAGGAGGAGGAGGGUCAGUGCAGCCAGGAGGAGGAGCUUCUGUCGCCAAGGAAGAUGUCCGUAUCCAGGAUGCAUUCUCUCCCUAACGACAGCUACAUGUUUCCUCCUGUACGACCUGCUAGCGCCCCCUACCCUCUACAGGAACACACCAGCCCCCAGUACCAAGCCUCAGGCUGUGUAACAUCUGCGCAUUCCCAGCCAUGUGAAGACCAGGCUGUACUGUCCAGCCUCUCUCACCCUGGUCCCCCUCACAUCGCCCCGCCAAGGCCCUCGCCCAGGGGGCUGCGCAGACAGCUGGCUGUGAAGCUGGACUCAGUGGAAGUUCGGAGUGUCGCCUCAGUAGAGAGACAGGACCCCGUCUCAACCCUCCCCUCUCUCCCCCUGUCCCUCUCCCUGCUCUCCCCCCGCCCCCCCUCUCCCCCCUUCCUCUCGGACCCCGCCGACGAGGAGGUGUGGCACAUCACCAGCUCAGCGCGCCAUUGGUGGGACGGACAUGGAAGUGGGCGGUGUCACUCCCUCUCCCCUUACGCCUCCCCUGACUCCCCCUCUUCACUGAGGAGCCGAGGGAGCGCGCUCAGUCUGCUGGGGGCAGGGCUAAAAGGUCACGACCCGAGGAAGGGCUUCAGCGUAGACACCCAGGGCUUCCUGGAUAAACCCCGUUGUCCUGACGACCAGCGACGACACUCCAUCGAGAUCUGCCCGUCCCCGCCGGAGGAGGAAGAGGAAGAGAGGUCAGAGGUUAGAGGUCGCAGGAAGAAGAGGAUGAGCCCGCCCUGCAUCUCGAUCCACCCACCAUGUGACUCAGCGGGCCACGCCCCCUCGGAGCCGCAGGCGGACUGCAACCCGCUGCUGAGACGCAGAACCCCAUCCUACGACGUCGCCGAAGCACACACUCCUACGCACAGGCUAACGCCGACACACACACCUACACACACACCGACUAACACACACACACUCAUACAGACUCUCCCUCAAGCAGUAACGCACACCCCGUCUCACACACACACCCCGUCUCACACACACACCCCGUCUCACACACACACCCCGUCUCACACACACACCCAUCCCCUGAACUCCGACACUAGACCUUCCUCUCUCUACGGUGACUACAUGCCCCUCCCACAGUUCACCUUCGACCAACCGGAGCACAGAUACACGAGUGGCAUGUCCGCUGGCCUAUCGAGUAAUGAACCGGACACAAGUCCCUCGCACUUUAGCAGCAGGCCGGGGUUUAGCUCGAUGAACAGGAGAACUGCCCAAUGAGAGCAGAGCCCGGUACUGUAGUAGGAGAGGGAUUCGUCAGAAAGACUAAACCCCAUCCAGAGGGUGUGGCCUGAUCUGGACAGUGACCGGUUGGGGGGGGGGAGAGGGAGAUGGGGAGAGAGAGAUGGGGAGAGAGAGAGAGGGAGAUGGGGG